GAUGCCUGUGUAUUUUCCCCCGCAGAGCGUGCCGGGCACAAUAACAAGAUUGCGACUUCCCGAAGCUGAUUUUGGAGCUCGAUUUUGUGCCAAAAAAAUUGGCCAAAAUUGAAAAUUGAAUAAUCGUUGUUAUCUAGGGUCGAAGGAAGACUCAAACUGGGUGCUAGUACACUAAAAGCCGAAUUAUUAGCUACGAUUUUUAAAAUUGUUUUGCAACUUGCAUAAACUGGACAAAACCUUCAUUGCUACAUUAUUUUAGUAAAUUUUGAUGCAUAGAUUACGGUUUGUUUUACCAUCUGUUAUACCUCGGAUGUCAAGAGAUCAUAAUUCAGCGGGAGUAAGGAGGCUAACACAUCUUUCUCACCAUCUUAUGUCAUCCACGAGUAGGUCAGAGGGAGUCUCCACUGCACCUACCAACGUCACUACCAAAGACGUAGCCGAUAUGUACAUUUAUGAUGUAGCCAGAAGACCCAAAUGAUAUGUACCUACCAAAUGAAGCAUGGUCAAAGACCUCAAUGGAAUUGUUUAACCAACUCAAAAGAGAAGCUGAAAACAGUAACGGCAAGUGGGUCAAACUGAAGUUAAAACCUCGACAGGGAGAUACAAGACUUUUUACGAGAGGUGUCACAGAGCAUGGGAAAAUGUUUGAGUACGCCAUCUUUGUUAAUAAAUCAGAGGAAAAGUUGCAUGGAGUGGUACAGUGUGGGCCGUACACAGAGGGCCCCGCAGGACAUGUGCAUGGUGGGGCUAUGGCAACUCUACUAGACAUUGGCUGUGGCAUUCUCACAAAUGCAUCAGGAAGGCGUGCUGUCACUGCAAACUUAUCUAUCAACUAUAAAGUAUCCCUGCCUUUGAAUUCUACAGUCUUGCUACAGUCUAAGAUUGACCAUGUUGUGGGAAGGAAGGUGUACAGUUUUGCCGAACUAAAGAGUGCAGAUGGAUCGAUUCUGUAUGCCACAGCUACAGCUUUGUUCAUUGAAAUCAACAAGGAGGCUGUCCAAGCUAGAAAAUGAUACUUUCUUGUUUAUUAUACUGUGAUGUUAGUAUAGGUAACACGGAGGCGGAAGGGGGUGGAGCACUCACCCUUAAAAAAGUCAAUUAUGCUUAUUCUAAUCUUACGGAUAGAAUAAUGAGUGUGGUCAACAGUAUUUUCAACCCUGAAUCAGAUAAUUAUUGUUUUUUGUUUUUUUGGAGUUAGUCGAAUUUUUUUGCACCUAUUUCAUUACAAUCUUUUUGCGCGAAUGAUAUUUCAUUUGUGAAUCAAUUUGUUUCUGAUCCACAAUCAGCCUUAGACAGUGGAUAUCAAACCUAUGUAAAGGUUGUAAGGGAAUUUUACACUCUACAAGCAUAUGUGACAACGUGCAUGUAAGUCUCUUUUAAAGACCCUCUAUCAGCCACCAUUUCGGCAUCCUAGCGAGAUACCAAGUUUGAUAAAGAAGCAUCUAUUUCUCUUACAUAAUUUGUCGUCCAAUAUGGAAUGAAAAUAACAGUAAAGUCAUGGAAAAGGCGGGUGGCGGAAUACUUCCAGACUCUAAUUUAGAAUUGUAUGGGGCAGCCUGUGUACAGCGGUUCCCCCUCCUCCCCACCUGCAGGAAAGUAAUCCACAGCGGGAAGGGAGUGGGAACGACUGUACACAGGUAGGGGCGUACUCAGGAUUUUAACAAGUUGCAGUCAAAGCAUUCAGAAGCUGAAUAAAGGCGUGACCCCUUAUCCCGCAUCCCCGUUAAGAAUUCAUAACUCCCGCUUUGGGGUUUGAAAUUGGCGUCAAUGCGUCAGACUUUUUAGAAUAUUACAGGAUCCUCUGUCAUCCUCGAUCUGAAAUAGGACUUCAUUUGUCGCGUGGCAAUGAACGACAUAACAAUGUUUUCAAAUCAUCUGCAGACUAACAUGAUUAAGAAAAUUAUAGUUUUCAUCCUCAUCAUAUAUAUAACAUUUGAUUUUUUCCCCUCUUAAUGCAAAUAAGAUCGCCAAAUUCUUUUGCAGUCCAGUGACUGCAGGCCUAUAGGCUGCGUACGCCCCUGACAGGCUAUGUGUGGGGCCAAAAUCCAAAAAUUAUCUCCCAAAAUAUUUUUUAUUUUAUUUUUUUUUUAAUGUAAUUACCCGAAUUUAUUAUGGUUAGAACCAGCCAUAAUAGUAUCUAGAAAUUCCGGAUAUUAUUUUUUAAGAGGUAAGAUAAUGUUUUUUUUAUUAUUAUUAUUUAAUUUUAUGUUUUUAGCUGGAAUUUUUUUAGAGAAACAGACUCCUGUUAUGGAAAUAAAUAUGCGUGCAUCUCAA